AUGGGUAAGCCUUGCUACGGAACUAUUCGGGCCAAGGAUACGUGUCAUCUUUUAACUCCGGUGGCUCAUUGACCUGGGUAGGAGCUCUUAGAAACAAGAGAGGUUAUCUUUUAAACCCCAAAGGCUUCUAGGAAGAGUCCUGUACGCGCCAUCUCUCCCCUAGGUGGCCUGUCGCAGUGGUUAGAGGGCCCGUAUAAUUAUUGACUUUUUUAUUAGGAGGUUCGAACCCUCUCGAGUGCAAAUUUUCUUUGCAUUUUCCUAGAUCUAAGAAGAAUUCACUCCCUUCGAGAAAAAGAAUAUCUGCACUCGACAGGGAUCGAACCCAAAAAAGUUACAUCAGGAUACUGGACCUCAAACCACUGCGCCAGGCUACGGUUAGAGAAAGGUUCAGGGGCGUAUAGGACUCUUCUUGGAUUUCUUCGAGGAGAUUUUUCUCGGAAGCCUCUGGGAUUUAGCACAUAAUCUAUCUUGUUUUUUAGAGCUCUUACCGAGGUGUAUAGGGUCGCCAAAAUUUCAACCCGAUCGCGUGUUAGAGCUCUUUUUUGUCUACCAGUGAAUGUAUCCUUUUUGUUGAUGAUUUUGUUAUUUAAUGUGGUCGUUAAAUGAUAUUCGAUAAAAUAGAUAUACUGAACGUUGUUCUUACAUGAGAAAUCGCAAUAAUAGAAGCCUCAGUGGUAUUCCUGUAUAGCGAAAAUUCCUGAACCCGAAGGGGCGGGACGAGCCAGGACGAAUUUAGAAGGUCUGCGCAACGCCAGCCACGUUUUUGCGCAACGCAACAACCUUUUUUUUAGGGCAAAUGCGUAGGCAAUGCUUUCCGCAGCUCACUUUGCGCGCGUUCCGCAGAAACCAGCAAUGCGCUCCGCAUCGUUUCCUGGGAGAGUGCGCGUUGUUCCCUAGUUGACAAAUUUGAUAAAUUCAUGAAUAAAAUUCCUUUUAGUUACGUUUUUCAGUGCAUUCUCAAGACAAUAGCGUGAGGGGAAAGACGUAAAAGCUUAAAGCAGUUAUAUAGCCCAUUCGUAGACAGCUGGUUUCAAGCAUGAAAGAAAGGGCGCACUAUUUUUCAAAUAAAGAAAGUACGAACGGUUGUCGACUUCUGCUUUUUUCUAAUUUAAAGCCAGCGAUCAUCAAAGAAAGUGCGCCUAUUUUCAUUUAUACAUCCCUUGAAAAUUAGCUUUGCUUGGCUAGAUUUUCAAAACUUCUUCUUUUAUAUUGGAACUUUCAGAUUGGUUGCCAAGUCGGAUCAAAAAUUAUGUUUUCGUGUUGCUCAUGUUGAUGUGGACCUGUGAAUCAGCAGUUGCUGGAGGUCCUAUAUUCAUUUUUUUUUUCUGUUGAUUUUGUCCGCUACGAUAAUCUACAAUUUUUUCAAAGGUGCUAAACUACAGCAAGAAAAUUUGGAUUGUUCGAAUUUUAUCCAAAAAAAAAAGUGGAAACUUUUUUAUAUCUUUUUUGAAACCUUGUUCGGAUUAAUAAAGAAGCGCAGCUAACUGUGAAAAUUUUGAAUUGAUGGAAGUUUUCGGUUCAUGUUUCAAACGAAACGACUUCAGGGAAUUGCUGCGAAAGACCUAUAUGGAGCUAUCCCUCCGGUGACGCUGUGCCACCCGAAUGCGUAAACCUCGAAUGUUCUGUGGCCUCGGUGUACCUCGAAGGAACGAGUCCCUCAAAAACAGAGGCCGGGGAUUUUCUGAGGAAGGCCAAGACGAUAGGGACUCUCUCUAUUAUCAGAGCGAAGAAAACUUUCGACAUACUCUUUUUGGAGCAAGUGAUCCACAAGGGAAAUGGUUUGUAAAUUAAUUUUUAUCAUAUCCUGUUCACGGCUGCUUUGGGACGCAUGAACUUUCUAACCUUCAAAUUAGAGCUUUCAUGCCCUAGGCAUUCACUGCUAGUUUCAGGAAUCUUCUCAGUUUGGUUCAGCAACUAAAGCCUAAUAUUCAAUGAAAAUCAUAACAUAAAAGGACAACGCGUAUAUUGAAAAAAGAUUUAAUAGGGAAAACAACUGCUCACAUAGCGGAACUCACGACAUUUAUUCAAGAAAUUUUAUAUACGGAGAGAUAAAGUCUCACGAACUGAUUGCAACCAUUGCAGUGAAAAUUAUGAAGUGUAUUUUUUUGAUUAAAGCUGAAUGAUUUGACAAUUCGACAUACCCAUCUCGCUUUUCAAGUCGGGAAGGAUUGACUAUGAAAAAUCUUCAAAAUCAGGGUGUGAAUAUUUUUGUUGCAGGACCGGCUAUAUACCUUGAAAACGCCAAAUUGACCGAUACAUCGUUCACAAACCUCCAUAAUAUCGUAAUAGAUGAUGUUUCGCCCUUCUGCAAGAAUCGAGACCUAAUCGUCAUCAAUGGGACUCUUGACCAAACUGUUCGAGACCAUCUGGUAGCUCUACAGGACAAGGUAAAGGCAGAACAAAGAAAAUGUCCCAUUUAUCUUCUUUUUUUUUUUCGAACUCCAAAAAUAUGCAACAAAAAAAAAGCCCUUUCUGACUAUUUUUCAGCGAUUCCAAAUAAAGUAAUUGGUUCGGCCAGCGUGAAAAGGCUAUAAAACAGCCCCAUUUCAAAUAACGGAGUUGUUUCAAAUUUAGUUUAUGUUUAAACAUACUCUUGCGAGAUAAACUUGUUAUAUUACAAGGUGCUGUAUUUAUUGCAAAAUAUUGUGAAUUUUUCGGUCUUAGUAAUGUAAAUUAAAGUAAAAGUAAUGUGAAAGGUCUUAGUAAAUUCAUCAAAAAUUUAGUCUGAAAGAAAAGUUUCCUGUUUGGUUUCUGCAAGGUGCUGUUUUUAUUGCAAUUUCAUGGGGAAACAAUUUAGGAGGAAAUCGGAAAGAACUGUAACAUUUUUUACGCAAACUAAAAUAAAUGUUUUCGUCUUCCGAUGUACCAGGCCAAAAUAGCGUUUUUCUAUUGAGCAGAAAAAAAUGCGAUAAAUCACGCCUUUUCAAGGCGGAUGGUUCAAAAUUGGAGUCUUGGCUGUAAAAUGGACAUUUGAGUACUGUACUUUUAACAUUGAAUCUUUUGACCGAUCGCUGGUCACCUUAGCUCUACUUGUGUUGAGUAAUACCCACAGGGAAGUCCUUUGUCGAAUGAAUUUUCCUUCAGAUGCUAAAGAAUUGCGCCACGUUGACCACGACAGCCACUGGAAAUAGUGUAUUGACCUCGACUCCGAGCGUCAACGCGACGAAGCAGAAGCCGUCGAGCGUUUCACCUCAGACCUGCGCCGCUCAGGCUGUUUGCCCCAAGGCCGAAGCCAAAGCUUGUCCUUCGAACUGUGAGUAUUCGAGUGAGAGGGCCAUGUUAGCGGAGUUGGGCCGAGUUACUUACAAGGCUAGUGAAGCAGUCCGAGUUUUGAAGUUUCGCUAAAACUCAUCUGACAAGCAAGUUCACUUUACUUUGCGGAUGGGAGUUUUCGGAAAAUGAUCAUCUAACUUUUUGAUGUACGAGAUGGAGAGUCUCAACCUUCAAAACUUUCAAUUUUUAGCUUUCUUACUUUCAAGUAAUUAUAAAAACGCCCAAAAUUUUUUGGAGUUGGUUAUUUUUCAUCAACUGCGGCCAGAGACAUUGCAAAUCGAGGAUUUUUGUAAAUUUGGGUUGAUGGAUCUAGUGACCCUGAGGUUGGAGACCUUUAAUAAUAAUUUACUGAAAAUAAAAUAUUUCUGCAAUUUGGAAAAAAAUCGAGCAGUUGAAAUUCUAUGAAACAGCCAAAAAGCAACAAAAAUUUUUUAUAUCAGGAAAUGCUCCUGAAUUAUUUUCAGCUAGUUCAUUUUUAUUCUCAAAUCUUGGAAAUUUUCACGUCCAUGUUCGGUUUUGAAUCUUCCAGACACGUUGAUCAUCACUGGCAUAGUUAUUCUGGCGAUUCUUGUCUUGGCCCUUGUCGUCGUUCUGAUUUUCGCAUCGAGGAUGGCAUCUGCGAAAAAGAAUCACGACCUAAUUCUCGCUGCGAUGGGUACUUGGAAUUUCUUUUUUCGGAAGUUGUGGUUGCACGCUUUUUCUGACUUUGUAGCUUGAAAACCCUUUUUCUAUCAGGUCAUUUUUCGCGUUGCAGAUGUUUUAAUGACUAAAAAUGCAUGUUUUCGAAAGUUUUAAGAAGUUUUACCAUGAGAAAGUGCUUCAGAAAGUCGACGUGAUUCUUGAUCUUGAAAACGAAUACCAAAAAAUAAAAUCUAAUGUUUUUUCUUGGUUUUUUCCUGCGUUGGAAAGGUGCUAAAUAGUUUGAGAAUCUGAGAUCUCGAGCAGUUUUGAGGAAUUCGAGAAGUUUGAAGAACUGUAUAGCGUUAGAAAGUUGGUGUAGUCAAUCCUUCCCGACUUGAAAGGCGAGAGUCGGAGAAGUGGGCGGGACCCGUAGCGUGCCCGGUUCUUGGCAAGAGUUCAUCUCAUUUGUGUACAAAAAUUAGUAGAAUAGAUACCAAAAGAGCGGUGACCGAACUUUUCAAAUUGUAGUGGUUGAAUUGAGUUUUUCGCCACGGUAAGCGUCCCGCCCUCUUCUCCGCCUCCCUCGCCUUCCAAGUCUGGAUGGAUUGACUAUAUAUACAAAUUCACGCCUAAUCAGGAUUUUUUUUCUUUUGAUAACAUCAUGUAAAUUUCAACUAUUCUCUUGGCCGCAAAACGGAAGUUGAAUUUCAAGCUCGAUCUGUGUUUUCAGGAUCAUACGCUACACAAGUGCUGAAUAGUUUUGUUCUUUUGGAGUCUAAAAAGAGAUACACGAAUUCGUCAGUUUCUCAUCAACCCUGCUUUUUUUUUCUUAUGGAAUGGAUUUCAGUUGAAGCGAUCUCUAUGGAUGCGGAUCCGAAUGAGGUCAUACCACUCGGUGAGUGAAAAAUCAAUUAUCGGUAUUCAAAACCUUCAAACUUAAGCUCGAGAGGUCAAAGCAUGGGAGAUCAUUUGCUCUACACGCACCGCCAAGUUUGAGAAAAAAAUCAGCUUUUGGACCCCGUUGCCGACUUUUUCGAUCCCCGAAAACCGCUCAAAACCCCUCAAAGCAGUUCCUAUUUGCGCCCCUCGCGGUUUGACUGUGGAAUAUGCCGAGGCUCUCGAGAAGUUCGAAGAAGUCAAAAAGACACACAAUACGGGCAAAGAGUUUGUGCCACCGAAAGACACGAAUUUGCUGUCGGACGCCAGUCGGAACAAUCCAGCCAUGUCCAAAGAAAUCGAAGUUUAUCCCUAUUUGUGCACAGUGAAGCCGUAUAAGACAGUUGAAAAAGAUCCCAAAACGAAGAAAACCUCACGGCCGGAAGAAUCGAAAGAGCGUAAGAAGGCCGGAGGAGAUAAAAAUCAAAAUACUGCCGCAACAAAAGAGAAAAAGCCGGAAGGCGCGAAGAAAGUUGAGCCGUCUAAGGUCGAACAGAAGACUGUUCCUCAACAGGAUUCUACAGCUACUCAAACGGCCACUCCAACUACUCAGAAGACUGCUACAGCUCCUCAACAGGCUGCUACAGCUCCUCAACAGGCUGCUCCAACUACUCAGAAGGCUGCUCCACCUACUCGAGCGCUUCCUUUUGUUCUUGUCGUGCCUCCCCCGGAAAUCCAGGUUGAAACAGUCGAGCGCGCAAAAUGCAAGCCUUUGGCCCUGUCUAAACCGGCUCCUGACGUUUUGCCAGAGAUCAAGUUCGACUCAAAAAUUUUGAGUAUGGUUUUUCUUUUAAGCGAAAAAGCCUGAUAGCUUUUUAGAUUAAAAAAAAGCCUCAAUAUAGGAAAUAUUACUUUUCUUUUUCUUCCCAAUGGUUAACUCAUCUGAAUAGCUCUACAAGCCUCUAUUGCUUUUACUUCAAGGGAUAGUUAAAAAAAUUAAUUUUUUUAAAUAAUCUCACGUUCCGUGUUGUUUAUCAAGUCUCGUUUUGAGCCAGAAAUAAAUUAACCGUAGUCUUCACAACAGAUACAUAAUUUUCAAUAUGAGUCAGAUAUUGAAGAUACUUCAAUACUCUUAAAGAUCGCAAUCUUUGCAGAAGACUCAUUCGUCAUUUUUCGAAUUGAUGUGUGAAAAACUUCAAGAAUUAUUACGUGGUCCACGCUAACGGUAAGAAUAAAAAGAAGGUGCUAUGAACCGAAAAAAAUGGCGUCUUUUUCGAUUCUUGAAUUUUUAUCACAAGGGAUCUUUCCUAUUUUUUUCUUUUUUUCCAGUUCUUCGUGUUGAGCGUCCUUAUACAAGCUAUGAAACUUGUUCAAAAAUAAAAUGGCAGCAACUGAAAGAAAAAAAUCAAAAUAGAAUAAAUCCAGGAAAACGUCGCCAUCGGGAAGCUUCCUAUCAAGAAUAAAUUUGGAAAAGUUGCCUUCGUGGAAUUUGCUAGUUUUUGAUUAGUAUCAUCAAACAGUGAAAGAUAAAACGGUUUUUUACAGUGUUAAAACUCCUGAAUGACACCUCCGACCAUUCCGGUCUCAAUGUCGAAAAGACGGUCAUGGGUAAUGCGGUUUGGGACUCUAAAAUCUUCAAAAAGUCGAAACAUACGCCUCUUGAAUUCCCCGGGCCUGAUGAGAGUAAAAAGACUGAGUCCAUCAUGGGAUGCACAGAUGACUUAUCUUGUAAGUUUUCGUAUUUCAAUCCCGAAUUCCGUCCUUCUCAGUGUAUCACAACGUUUUGAUGGAGCUUCGUGCGAAAUGCGACGCCCAGGACCGAGAAUUGCUUUGA